AUGUUCCGUGCUCGAUCCUUCAUGACCGGCCGUCGUGCCCUCGUCCUCACGACCUCCACAACCGUCGCCGUCGGCUCCUACUUGUAUGCCCGUCAGCAAAAUCGAGUCCAGCUCGACUGGCAACCAGGAUCCAAGACGGACGUCCCUGAUCCUCUAUGGAACCCUCCCUCUCGAUCCCAAAUGGUCGAUCACCUCCGGACUUCUGGUCUCCACAUCAAGAGGACCCAAGAAGGCGGGCCGAAUCCCGCGAUCGACGUCCCUACCACCGACGUUGAGGAGAAGGACGACGACGAUGUCUUUGACCUCUUGAUCAUCGGUGGUGGUGCCACCGGUGCUGGUGCCGUCCUUGACGCUGCCAGUCGAGGUUUGAAGGUCGCUUGUGUCGAGCGAGAAGACUUUGCCUCUGGUACCUCUUCCAAGAGUACAAAACUCGUGCACGGUGGUGUCCGAUACCUCCAAAAAGCCAUCAUGGAGCUCGAUUAUGACCAGUGGAAGAUGGUCAAGGAGGCUCUUCGUGAGCGAAAGAUCUUCCUCGACACCGCUCCCCAUCUCAGUCAUAUGCUUCCCAUCCUCCUCCCCAUCUACACCUGGUGGCAACUUCCCUACUACUAUGCCGGUUGUAAGGUCUACGACUUCCUCGCUGGUAAGGAGAACAUGGAGUCUGCCUAUUGGAUGGGCAAGGGCAAGUCUCUUGAGGCUUUCCCAACUCUGAAGAAGGAGGGUCUCGUUGGUGGUGUCGUCUACUAUGACGGUCAACACAACGACUCUAGGAUGAACAUUUCCAUCAUCAUGACCGCCGUCCAGCAGGGUGCCAUCGUUUCCAACUAUACCGAAGUCACUGAGCUUCACAAGAAGCCCGACCCUUCCAGAGGUGGUCAGGAGAGGAUUUACGCUGCCACUAUCAAGGACAGUCUUACUGGUGAACUCAUGAAGGUCAGAUGUAGGGGUGUCAUCAAUGCUACCGGUCCCUUCAGUGAUGGUGUCAGGAGGCUCGAUGAGCCCUCUGCCCAGGAGAUUGUUGCUCCCAGUGCCGGUGUCCACAUCACUCUUCCUUCCUACUAUGGUUCCCAAAGGCUUGGUCUCCUUGACCCCGCCACUUCUGACGGCCGAGUCGUCUUCUUCCUUCCCUGGCAAGGCCAGAUCAUUGCCGGUACCACCGACUCCCCCACCGACGUCUCCCAGAACCCCAUCCCUGAGGAGAAGCAGAUCCAGUGGAUCCUCGACGAGGUCCGACACUACCUUGCUCCCGAGAUUCAGGUCCGACGAGGUGAUGUCUUGUCCGCAUGGUCCGGUAUCAGGCCUUUGGUCAAGGACCCCGGAUCUUCCAACACCGAGUCUCUUGUCCGAAACCACAUGAUCAACACUUCCAAGGGUGGUCUUUUGACCAUCGCUGGUGGCAAGUGGACUACCUACCGAGAGAUGGCCGAGCAGACCAUUGACGCUGCCGUCAAGGAGUUCAAGCUCAAGCCCAACGGUCCUUGCCAGACGCACCGCGUCAAGCUGAUCGGUGCCCACUCUUGGAACAAGACCAUGUACAUCAAGCUCAUCCAGGACUUUGGUCUCGAGACCGAUGUUGCCCAGCACCUUUCCGAGUCUUACGGUGACAGGGCCUUUACCGUUGCCACCAUGGCUUUGCCUACUGGCAAGAACUGGCCCAUCCACGGUGUCCGAUUCCACAACUCUUACCCCUACAUUGAGGCCGAAGCUCGUUACGCAUGCCGAUGCGAGUACGCCGUCACCGCCGCCGAUUUUGUUGCCCGACGAACCCGAUUGGGAUUCCUCGAUGUCCAGGCUACUGUCGAAAGUUUGCCUAGGGUAUUGGACAUCAUGGGUGAAGAGCUUGGAUGGGACAGGGCUAGGAAGGAAGUUGAGUUCGAUGAGGUCGUUGGCUUUUUGAGAAGUAUGGGUCUUCCCGAGGUCAGUCAAGUUUCAAGUUCAAAUGAUCAAGUUUUGCGAGUCAAGGAGAGAUAUAUCGCGCAGCUCGACUUGCAGCAGCGCAGGCUCUUGCCAGCUAUCGAGACUUCUCUCUCAAGCAAGAUCAAGAAUCAAGAAUUGAAGCUGAUACAUGAUACUCUACAGGAAACCCACUUGAGAUUGCGUGAUGUCGAGCGAAACGCCGGUCACAUCGGUCCUCUCGGUCUUGCGCAGAAGGAGGAGAUUGAGGUUAUUGCUAGCAACAUGCCUGCUUCUCACCCCGAAGUCAAGGGAACCAAUUUCCACUUCCAGUAA